GAUGGUGAACAAAUUGUCAAGUAGAGAUGAUUAUCGAAAUCAGCUUCGCGGAGAAACUCUUAACUUUUGAUCAGUCAAACUGAUAUCGUCGAGAGAAUGUGGCGUAUUGCAUUCCUGGUCGGUGCUUUCACACUUUUGCCUGGUCUCGACUCUCAGACGAUUCUGGAGGUAGAUGUUGGGGAAUCUAAAGCUUUUCGUUUGUCUGCGACGAGCAGUAAGAUCCAGGAAUGCAACAUAACUGUACCCACUGGUGAUGUGUAUGAACUACUGCCUAACACGAGUCUCAUAGAGACCAUCAACGGCAGGUAUUCCUUCUCUGGGGAAGGCGACUCGAUUUGCGGUGUGACCAUAGACCUGACGGUCUUCGCCGACAGCGGUGCUUACAUGCUUAGCAUCCUCGAAGGCAAUAGAAGUAUUACACAAGCAAAUUAUACUCUCCGCGUUCGAAGUAGAACAACCAUUUGGCCCACCAGCUCACUGAUGAUAUACGAAGGCAACGCUGCUUAUCUCUACUUGCCAGAUGUUCCGGACAUGGUUCUGUACUGUUAUGUAACACCGCCCGAGCAGGCUGAGAUUAUAAUCGCGGAAGGCACCAGUGCGAGUGGCAACAUCAACCAAUGGAGCCGAAGUUCCUCCUCUUGGUGCGGCGUGGCGAUAGAAGCGGUGGACGGAGCUUCCCAUUCCGGAUAUUGGAAAUUGAUCGCUUCCACCAACAGCACUCAUUUCUAUUACAACAAAGUCCAUCUCGUAGUCCUGGAAUCGUCUGCAUUGACCGUCGCUCCGACUACUGCUGAAUUAAUCGUUGGGCAAAGUUAUCACGGAACUUUUGGCCACGAAAAUGCUAGUUACUGCGUGCUCUUGAAUCCACAAGGCUCGUCCUCGGGUAUCACCAGCGGUCAAUGUACCCUGGAGCUGAAUUUUCCCACUAGCCAACAUAUCGGGACCUGGGUGGCAACUGCAGGUGUAUCCGGAAGCAUUGACGAAAUCAGUCAAGACAUCAACAUAGAAGUUAAAGAGCGCCAAUACAUUCAGACUAUGUCUUCGAGCAAUAGCGUCGACAGUACUGCGAUUGACAUAUACUGUAAAACAGAUGACUUGAUCGUUGAGAUCUGCAGAUUCGUAUCUCCGAAUGGUACUGGCAUAGCAGUCACUUCUGGUGUCGGAAAUGGCGAGUAUCGUGGUUACCAGGAUGACCAAUACUCCUGCGGUUUGACAAUUGUCACUCCAAAUAGUGACGAUUACGGCACAUGGAAAUGUCUCGUCGGCAAUGCAUCCGAUUUACGUGCAGGAUACAUAAGCGUAUCUGAAUUCUUAAGACGAGAUUCGAGAGCCACUUCGAUAUCGGAGUCAUAUACGGCCUAUGCUGUCAACAAAGGCAACUUGACUCUGAGUUGCAAUGCCGACUCAAGUUUGCUUUAUUGUUGGUUCAAGCAUCCCAAUGGAUCGUACUACGCUGCGAUUCCCGGUGAGGAGGUCGAAAACAAUUUAUGGAGCUACUCGGGAGAUGGCCUCUCGGUUGGUUCCUGUGCGAUUACAUUUCGGGGAGUUUCCUACGAGGAUUCUGGCGAGUGGACUUGCAACAUGGGCAUAUCCAAUCAACUGAUGGACCUCAGUGUUUCCAUUACAGCCCAAGUGACAGCCAACUACUUAGUGGCAAUCUCUACCGAGUAUGGGGAUCAUAACGUGACGGUUGCAUGUGCCGUACAGAAUGACCUUAAUGCUUUAUCGUACUGUCGCUUCGUUAAACCGGACGGCAUUGGCAUUAAUGCGGCUUAUGCGGCAAGCACUACCAAAUACAGAUAAGGUCAGUCGCGAACC